AUGGACGUGCAAUCCGAGAUUUUUUGGUUCCUUUGCGAGAAAGGUGGAUGGGUCGAGACCGUCGAGAUCCGAGAUUUUUAUGCCCGAGGACAUGAUGCAGCUGGUCGCAAGCGCGAUGUUAAUCCACAUUUGUACGCGCUUGAGAAGCAAGGGAAAAUCAGCAGGGACACCAGCUCAGGCAAACCACGCUGGAGAAGCGCUCAGAACGACACUACCGGUAAUGCAGCACCGCAGCAGCAAGAGUCAAAUGCUUCUGACGCGAGACCCUCAUCUUGCCAAAGUCCUGAUCUAGCUUCUGCAAAGGGUGAAGUAAAAAAUGCAAAGGGACAGCUGCUUACUUUGUUUGGGCAGCAUGCUGUAAGCUUUGCAAACUCGGAAGAGAAUGGUCGCUUCCGUGCCACAGCUCAAGUUGGGCAGCAGGAGCCUCGUGCAGGGGAGCUGUGCUCGACCAAAGCGGCCGCGCAGCAGAGCGCAGCAGAAGCGGCCCUGCGGCAUGUUCUCCAACAUCCGAAGCUUAUUCCUCAGGAGUCGCCAAGCGGAGAUUGGAAGGGACGUUUACAGCAAACAGUGCAAUCUUCAGGCACACUGCCUUGCUACAAAACCAUACCCUCCAACAAUGGCGGCUUUGUUUCCACAGUCAUUGUCGGGGCUCAGGAGUCAGUAUCGCUCAUUUCGGCGCGCCGCAAAAUCGAUGCCGAACAGUUUGCGGCACAGGUAGCUCUGGAGCAGCUUCAGCUCAUCGGCAAGACUCCGGCGGCCGACAGAAGUAGCGUUGAUCCCAGCUGCUCUUGCUGCAACCACGGAAUCAACCCUGGAGGACGCAGCCGCAGCACUGCAGCCUUCAAUUUCUACAUGUGUCGAUACAGUAGACAAGGACCUGCAAAUCGAGGCUCUGCGUGA